CUCAAACUCAAACCACAGCAUGUUGGUACCUGUUGGGACACAGUCAGCAAAAAGGCCCAUUUCAUCCUCAAACUGUGCUGUUAACGUUUCUGUCAUUAGGAUACAAAAUGUCCUGGUUUACUGACUUUGCUGGGAAAGCGGAAGACUUCCUGAAUAAAGUGGACCAGGGAGCUGCCACUGCCCUGACUAAAAACGAGAGAACAUCUUCCUUUUCGUCGUCCUAUGAAGAGGAAUCCGUUAUCAAACCCGAAUACAACACUGCAGAAUACAAGACCCAUGUGGCUGUGACGCAUCAUGCCUAUGCAUCCUCUGAUGAUGCACCGAGCUUUGUCGCUGCAGCUGCUGCCAACAUCAAGAGAUCCAGUGGUCCCCUGCUGGCUGGUACUGCCAACACGGCCAAUGUUCCCUCUGGUUCUCUCAGCAGUGCCCCCAACUCUGCCAAGACCUCAUCUGGCUUUGUGAGGCCCAAAAAAGCGAGCGAGCAGGAUGUGGACGACGACAUGCUCUUUGACUUUCUGAACAGCUCGGACCCUCCAGACAGCAACAGGAGGGAUUCAAGAAGAGAACUCGUGAAAGUGGCAGUUCCGGUUACUGAGGCCCAAAACCCAACACCUCCUCCUUCCAGCACUCCUCAUACCGUCCCCUCGGCCCCGUCGACGCCCCCCUCAACCCGGGGUGUAUCCAGAGCCUCCAGCAUGAGCUCACUGUCUGCUCACAGCUUUAAAACAUCGGAGGAGAGCUCUGCUAAAGAACAAAGCCACGAUGGACAGCUGCUCAGCACAAUGUUUUCUCUUCACCCCCACCUGGCCACCACAGACACACCUGAGAGUUCAGACUCGGGCUUGGCUGUCCUGCUAGAGUCCAGCAGGCAGGAGACUCCCCCUCCUCCCCCCAUAGAGGAGCCACAGAGCCACAUCCUGUCCAGUUUGCGUCUGGAGAACCAGCUGCUGCGCAGUGAGGUGUCCUCCCUCAACCAGGAGAUGGCUUCGGUCAUCCAGAGGGCAAAAGACUUACAAGAUGAAUUGAACCAGGCUCGUCUACGUGCAGACAGAUGGAACUCGGAUCAGUCUCAGACCGACCGGAUGGUACGGGAACUUCGGUCAAAGGUUGAUGACCUAACGCAAACCCUCGCUGCCAAAGACGGUCAACUUGCAAUCCUGAAAAUCCGGCUUGAUGAAGCCGAUCAGAUGCUGAAGUCCCGCUGUGCUGCGUUAGAAGACGCACAGAUGGAACGGUCAAGAAUAGUGCAAGACAACACAGACGGGAGCAGCAUGCAUUCCCAAGCUCUUGAAACGAUACAGGAGAGGCUGCGAGAGGCUGAACUGGCCCUCAAGAGGGAGCAAGACAGCUACCGGCAGAUGCAGAAUGAGUUUGCUGGCCGCCUGUCCAAAGUGGAGGCUGAGAGGCAGAUCCUCGCAGAGACGGUGACUGCAGCAGAGCGGCGAGCCGCAGAGGAGAAGCUCCGGGUCGACGACAGCCAGCUGCAACUGAAAAGUGCCAAAGCUGCAGCUGAGACUGCCAGACAGGAGUUACAGGACUACAAGCACAAAGCUUCACGCAUCCUACAGUCCAAAGAGAAGCUGAUCAGCAGUCUGAAGGAGGGAUCUGGUCUGGACACCCUGGACGGCAGCGGGGCCACGGCUCUGGAGCUGGAGGACCUGCGUCACGAGAAGGAACUGCAUAGGGAGGACAUCCAAAAACUACAGGGGCAAGUGCACACACUUCGGAUAGAAAUACAGGAUUUGGAGAAUCAGGCCCUGACGGAGGCAGAGACGUGGCGGGAGCAGCAGAUGCAGUUGGAGGAGCAACAGGCCUUACAGAACAGGGCUAAACAGGAGGUGGAGGCUGAGGUUGAGCGCUACAAACAGGAGCUUCAGUACCUAGAGGAAGAGCAGCAUCGAGCUAAAACCACUCUGCAGAGCAGAAUCAAGGACAGAGAAGAUGAAAUCCAAAAACUCAGGAACCAGUUGACCAACAAGACUCUCAGCAGCAGUAGCCAGACAGAGCUGGAGAAUCGUCUCCACCAGUUGACGGAGACGCUGAUCCAGAAGCAGACGAUGCUGGAGGCUCUGGGCACAGAGAAGAGCUCCCUGGUCUUUCAGCUGGAGCGUCUGGAGCAGCAGCUGAAGAACACUCAGGGAGGACAAAGUGGAGGGCCGUCCAUCAACAUGAGUGGUCUGGAGGGACCAGUCGCACGACAAAGAAACACACCCGUGCUGUUCAGUGAUCAGGACAGUCCAGGAGUGUAUGGCAAAGUACGCAAGGCAGCUAGCACCAUUGACCGUUUCAGCAUCAGACUGGGUAUCUUCUUGAGGCGCUACCCUGCGGCCAGAGUUUUCGUUAUCCUGUACAUAGCCCUACUGCACCUGUGGGUCAUGGUUGUUCUCCUGACUUACACACCAGAAAUGCACCAUGGUCAUCCUGAUGGAAGAUAGAGGGCUUGAAUUUUAGAGUUGGGUGUUUUAAAAUGUGUUUGUUCUACAGCCUUCAAUGUAAGGAUGGUACAAGCUGCUGGAAUAUGGGCUCUGGGUCCCGACUCUCCCUGUUUUGCACAGAAAUGCUAUAAAUUAAAGACAUUUCCUCUGAUUUAUUCUUUAUUUUUUACAACUAAAGAUCAAUAUCUGACAGGUGCUUUGAGUUUUAAAAUAAUUACAGAGUGAUAUAUUAUGUAUGAUGUAUUGGUGGUCUGCUGAAAGGAUAUUAAAUCUAACAUGGUCGCACAUCUGUUCUUCUCAUCAUCUGCUUUCAGACCUCUCGUCUCUUGGGAGAUUGUAUUUAACACUAUGUAAAAAAAAAGAAUCUUUUAAUAAACAAGUUAGAAGAACCAACACAGCCUGGCACUUUUCUAAUAGAUUAUGUUUGUUCUGUGGCUCAGAUUAAGAGGAUCUUCAAAGCUCAAGUCAGUUUACUGGUCAUGAGGAGUGUGACUCAGUAACGCCUUCUGUGGUUCUGGAGAAGCUUUGUUAAAAAGCGCUGAUCAAUAACCUCAUGAGGGUUAUCACAACGCUUGUGUUACAAUCUGGAGCUUAAAAGAUAUUUACUUAGACUGGAGUGUCUAGCAAAAAGAUGCUAUGGUUGCACUAUGGGAAAUAAAUAGGGACUAAAAGUUAGGAUAUAUCUGCCUCUACCAAUUUGAUUUGUACUGUUCUAUCUCUCUUUUGGCUCCGCCAAAUUCAUGGAAGUGCAGUCCUAAAUUUCUGAUGCCCUCCUUUAAUGAUUAUGGAUUUCAUUUAAACUAAUUAUUGCAUUGCAGGUAAUGUCUGUGUCUAGAAAGUCAUAAUUCACAUCUAUAACAGAAUUUAAGACACACGGGCCAAAGCAUACAUUUCGGGCACGGUUUCAUGUAAAUAUGUUCAUGUUAUAACAGAAGAGGAGGGGAUGGACUGAAUAAUUGUAUAAGAAUCGUUCAGUGGAGCAAUCGCUAAGCAUUCAUCUGAGGACUGCUGGUACUGUCAUUGCUAAUACUUCACUACUUUUACUUAUUUAAAACCCUUGUCACCCAUAUGAAACAAAUACACUCUUUUUAUAAUAUUCUCUUCAUACAA